AUGAAUCCCUCAUGCCCAUGUGCCGGGGGCAAAUACCUCAUCCGCGACAUGCAGUCCAAACUUUUCAUCGCGCUGAACAAUGGAGUCCUGGGCUUGCAUACUCUACCAACCGACCACCCCGCUAAUUAUGACUUGGGCCCUUACUGGAACUGCGUUGAAAAGAACAACAUGUGGUUCGGUCUGAAGAAUACUGUGUCCGGGGGCUUCAUAACCUCUAACAACUUCGGCGGAUGCGACGCGAUGGAUUUGAACCACGAAGCAAAACAGUCCUUUUGCCCUCGCCACCAGCCCGAUGGGGGCUAUGUACUUCUGUUCCGAAGUGGUGAGCGUCUCUCGCCGCUUUCAGUGGUUGGAAUGGACAAGAAAAAAUUGGAGUUCAAGCAUGGAGACAAGGGAGCGAGCUGGGAAUUCAUCCGUGUUGACUCUCUCUGA